CUCACUCGGAUCAGCUCCUCACCUCAGCUAUCAACUACUGAUCAUAUUUCUCGCUUCCUCCUUCCGUUCUCUGUUCCAACUUCUUUUAUACUUCUCUUUGUAUAUCAAAUGGCCACUGUUGAGAUAGCAUCGGCUCCAACAACAUUGCCAGAGUAUGAAAAAACUGAGGUGACCACAACUAAGGAGACAACACCAGAAGAGCCAGUGGCAGCACCUGCUGCCCCAGAACCAGUUACUGAGGAUACAAAAGAAGCAACACCUGAAGCCCCAGCAGCAGAGCAACCCGCCGCUGCUGAAUCUGAAGCUCCAACUGAAGUUGAGACCAAGGAAGUGGUAGAGGAAGCCAAGGAGACUGAGGCAGAGAAGCCUGCAGCAGAGAAGACAGAGGAAGAGACUCGAGAAGUGGCAAUAGAGCCUGUUUCUGAGGAGGUGAACAAGGUAGAGACCAAAGUAGAGGCUGCAGAAGCGGCUGAGGCCCCAGCAGCCCCGGCUGAGGCAGAGAAAACAGUGGAGGAAGAGAAGCCAGCUGAAGCGGCAGAGGAAACUAGCACUGAAGUUCCAGUUGAGAGGAUUGAGUAAUAGUUCAAUAAAAGAAGUGAAACAAGAAGAGGGUCUUAGUUUGGAUCUUCUUAGGUUGCAUUUCUCAAAGUUGGUAUGCUAUUAUUUAGUUCUAUUUUAUUUUAUUUUUACUUUUAUUACGGUUGAAAUUGAGGUAAGGCUCUGGAUGGGUGGUUUUUGAUAUGGUGUGAUGAGAUGUGAUCUCUAGCCUUGAAUAAUAAAAUUUACUGUUUUUGUAUUAAACAUAAGAGAUUUUUGGUUUCCCACC